AUGCAAUCUCCAAAUCAAGAAAUUAGCUUAGCUAAAUCUGUUCCUAAAACUAAAUCUAAACGAAAGAGAUUGUUUUUUCACUCGGAGAGAAAUAAAAGCUUGAGAGGUAUAUAUCGCCGCGAUUAUGCCUCACCAGGUAGCAAAUCAACACCUACAGUCUUAGAAAACAUGUUACCCAUGACACCAGUCAAACAAAGAAAUAGGAUGAAAAUAUUUCAAAGACCGGACACCCUACAUUCUCAAAGCUUAAAAAAAUCUUCUAAUGAUUUUUAUGCCGAAAUGGAAGAGUUGCUUCCCAAGAAAAUUCGCAAAAGGCUCGUUAACAAAUCCGGAACUUGCAACGUUAUCUAUUCACACAUACCCAAAGUGAAUAAACACUUUUUGACAGAUAUUUAUACUACUUUGUUAGACAGCAAAUGGCUUUGGUCCGUGGCCAUUUUUACAGCCGGUUUCCUUGGAAGUUGGCUAUGCUUCUCCUUUAUUUGGUGGCUUAUCCUUUUUUCCCACGACGAUUUCGAUAACAUAUCUAACCCGAAUUGGAAACCCUGUAUCAAAAACAUAGAAUCAUUUGCCGGCGUUUUCUUAUUUACGGUAGAGACCCAACAUACCAUAGGGUAUGGAUACAGAUACCCAACGGAAGAAUGUCCCGAAGCUAUAAUAGUUUUUAUUAUUCAAUGCAUAACAGGGGCCGUCAUACAGGGAUAUAUAACGGGCAUGAUGUUUGCCAAGCUUUGUCGACCUAAUAAAAGAGCUGCUACUCUCAUGUUUAGCAAAAAAGCCGUCAUAUGUACCCGUGAUGGUCAACUAUGUUUAUGCAUACGAAUCGGUGACAUGAGGACGUCCCACAUGAUAGGAGCACACACCAAGUCUUACAUGUUCAGAAAGAAAAUAACUCAGGAAGGUGAAAUCAUUCACCUCAAGCCCUAUGUAAUUCAAGUUGGAACAAAUCCUCCAGAUGACAAUGUUUUUCUGGUAUGGCCAGUAAUAGUUAGUCACAUUAUUGAUAAUCAAUCACCCUUUUACGACAUGGGAGCCUUAGAGUUGAGUAACAUAAAUUUUGAAAUGGUAUUCAUAUUUGAAGGAAUAAUAGAAGCCACGGGAGCCACAAUGCAAGCCAGGACUUCUUAUUUACCUCGUAUGGCAUUUAUAAUUCUAUGCUCAUACUCUAUUACAUAUUUGUUAUUAAUAAUGAGUGGGCUCAAAUAUGAAAUUUUAUUAUAA